AUGUCGUUCCAUGCUGCGGAGCUGGAGCUUUACGGCGACUACUACGCUCGGCUGGGCGGCGAGGGCAUUACAGUUGAUGUCUUGGCACCUUUCCUGGCGCAGAGCGGCCUGCCCAGAGAAACGUUGUCAGAAAUUUGGUCCCUGACCUUCGGCGAAGUCUUUAGCUCCGUGGACUUCGAUCGCUUCUGUGCAGCUCUGCGGCUGGUGGCACAUGCCCAGGCUGGAGCUGGAGUAAGUCCAGUGCUGCUGGAGCAGGAGCCUUUGUAUCCGCCGACCUUCGAAGCUGCAGAUACGUUUGGUGAUGUUCAAGGUGGACACCUUGACACUGAGAACCAGCUGUAUGAGGGCUACUUUCACCAAGCGAAUUCAACUGCUUGGGACGCAGAUGGAAGUGCUCCCACGAGCUUCGGAACUGCAGAGCAGAUGGAAUGGCCUGCAGACCCCCCAGAUCCCUUCCAGACGCAGGCCCAGCUCUCUGAAGCUCAGCUCCCCGAAGCCCAGCUCUCCGAAGCUCAGCUCCCCAAAGCUCGUCUUGAAGAACAGGAUGAUCCCUUCGCGACUCGAAAACUUGAGAUUGAGACAGAGUCCAGAGCAAGCAAGGACAAGGACGACGAGAUGCACAGCAAGGAGCUUGACUUUGCAGUCGAAGAUUUUUCACCAGCGCUGCCGGUCGCACCGCCUCAACCGAUCGAACAUCUUAUUGCUGUAAUGGAGCAUGAGACGUGGCUGCUAAAGCGCUUGCGCCUAGAUGAUGAUGAAAGGAAUGAGGAGAUUCUAAGACUGGAGAAGGCAUGCCGAGAAGAAGAGAAGGCCUUGGCAAAGACCAAGGGCGAAAUCCAGCAGAGCAACACCGAACGGCGACAUCUUCAGCAGCAGCUCGAUACCUCUCAGAACCAAUUGGUGGAGCUUCGCAUGGAGUAUGACAUGCUCCGGCGGGAGAGCGUCUUCCUGCAGCACGAUCAGAGCAGCCAUGCAGCAGAGGUGCUGUUCUUGCAGCGGCUCCUGGAAGAGUACCAGCGGGAUUCCAAGGUGCUGGAGAGAUCCAUCUCACUGCUGGGAAAUGCGACCUUCGGACUGGAGGACAUGUCCGUUCGACCAGGUCCAAACGUUUGCUCCGAUGUUUGCUCAAUCCCUGGCACUGACGACCCGCUCCCGGGCAACCGGACGCGACUUCGCGCUUCGCAGCGAAGCGCCACGGAAAACCGAAAGCGUCAGGGCAGCAGCCCAGUGGUGGAGACCAGCACGGGUCCAGUCCAAGGCAAUCAGCUGCCUGACAUUCAAGAGUUUUUGGGCAUCCCAUUUGCUCAACCGCCUGUGGAUCAACUUCGCUGGGCACCCUCCAAGCAGAUGGAACGUUGGAAUGCCAUUUUUCAGGCAACAGAAUUCGGAGCCGCUUGCACACAGCAGUCCAGUUACUAUGCGGGAGAUUCGAAGAAGUGUCAAGGCAGCACCCGUGGCGUGUGCCUCGGAUACUCUGAGGACUGUUUGACUCUGAAUAUUUGGACUCCAAGUACCACAGGUCAGAGAGCAGUGAUGCUUUGGAUCCAUGGUGGUUGCUAUGUGAGUGGCUCUGCCUCUGAUUUGGAGUACAAUGCCACCUCUCUAGCUGCAACCACUGAUGUGGUGGUGGUCUCGGUCCAGUACCGCCUGGGCGUCUUCGGCUUCCUGGGCUCGCCGGACAUGCGCAGCCGUGACCCGCAGGGCUCCACGGGGAACUAUGGCUUGAUGGAUAACAUCGCAGCUCUCCGAUGGGUGCAGAGCAACAUCGCAGCCUUCGGCGGGGAUCCCAGCAGGGUCACCAUCUUUGGAGAGUCCUCAGGUGCGGGCUCGGUAAGCCUGUUGAUGGGGGUGGAGGAGUCAUGGCCUUUCUAUCAGCAGGCAAUUAUGGAGAGCGGUACUGGAUCGUUUUGGAGCUACAUCACCUUGGAAGGCGCACAGAACAACUGGCAGCAAGUGCUUGCAGCGACGAAGUGCAGCUCCGAUGCCAACUCCUCGAGCUCGAGCCUCAUCACCUGCAUUUUGGCCGCGUCCCGCUCGCUGCUCACUGACGCGGUCCAGCAAAUCCCUUGCCGUGAUGGCUGCACCUGGGCGCCCGUGCUGGAUGGGGUCUUCUUGCGAGGCACUCCCGUGCAGCAGGCAAAGCAGGGUUUGCUCAGGCCAAACACACCCAGCAUCUCAGGCUUCAACAGGAAUGAUGGCGCCAUGUUUGUGACUGGCUAUCCUGUGUCUAUGCUGACCAUGUCGGAAAGCUCCUUAGACGACUAUUUCUCCAAGCGCUUUGGGGAGGAGCGGAAAGCCACACUGCAGAAACUCUUUCCACCAAGCUCUGCCGGUGGUGGCGGCUGGACGUCGCAGUACUUCAACGCGGCUUCGGCCUGUGAGACGGACUUCAGCUACUCUUGCACUGCCCUUUGGAUUUCAACUUGGUCAAGUCCAUCCUUUGUCUACAAGUUCUCAGAGCCCGACUUUGAAGGUCUUACAUUGCAUGGGGAUGAGAUUCCAUACAUUUUUGGCACCUUGAGCUCACCCUCGGCGCAGCAGACACAACUCUCUUCCUUGAUGAUGCAAUACUGGUCCAACUUCGCAAAGGGAGGUGAUCCCAAUGGCCCAAGCCUUCCGCCUUGGCCUUCUUGGGGAGGAGAGGUGUUGCUGAACAUCAGCGCGGAGCCCGUCCUGGUGACAAUCUCCGCCGGUCGGAUCGGUCCAGCGGUGGAGGGCCAAAGCCGUGCCCUCCAACAAGCGACCUUGAACUUGGAGCAGCAGGCCAAUGCUGAAGCCAUGGGCUUAGAGAAGGACAUGCUGGAGCUUCAAGCCGUGCGGCAGGCGUUGGAUUCCAUGACCACCGCCGGACUUCCAGGCUCUCAGUCUGGUGGAGGUUCGAGCCAUCACUGGAGCUCAGGAGGCAUGUCCCUCUUUGACACCAAGCCUUUGUCCUUCGAGCGGGGCGUUCCGAAGCUGAUCAGAGAAGGGGUCUGA